AUGUCGGUCUUCUCCAUGAUCAGGCGAGGCCGCCAGGCCGCCAAGGAGCACAAGACAAAGCAGGCCGAGAAGCAGAAGUUGGAGGAAGCGAAAGUGCCCUACAGGCAUAUCCCCAAGCAUGCCGCUAUCGAUGCCCUCUCUGGAGGGCCUGCCACCUGGAGGGAAAAUGACCGGCCAAAGAUUCUGGAGCAGAACAGACGGAGAAGUGCUAUGACUGCCAACGGCGUGGGAAUGGGGGGCAUGAUGACACCGAUCCACACCGGCAUGCCUCGGGUCAACAGCGCCUUGUCCCACGUAUCGUACCCAUCUGUCUAUGCGAGCCCGGUCGUCCAGAUGCCCCGGACAUACAGCUACAACAGCAUCCAUCCUGGUUGGAAUAACCAGGGCGGAGAAGUUAUCUAUUCCCACAUUGGGCCCCGUGGCGGUUCUGUGAAGGGAAAGGAAGUUGAGAGGGUAAUGGUCGAUUCUAGCUAUGCUAGCCGGUCGUCCAGCAAAGGUUUGAACAGACCGUCAGCGAUCGACAGCUUCCUCGCUAACAGCCAUCCAGCUACCUCCCCCGUCGAAAGCUCCACCAGUUCCACCAGCUCGCAAGACGAUUUGGAGAUGAAGCCUGUCAAGCACGCCUCUGCAUCGCUAGCAGCCAGUGCCAGCACAUACUCUGUUGCCACCACCACCCCGGCCAAUACGCGACCCGCUCCUGAGGCUGAAUACUUCCACCGCCUGCAUCCCAGCCACUCUCGCAGAAUCUCUGACCCCUCCACGUCGAACCAGGCCCGUGGCACCUACGUCUCACAGAGACAAGGAGGACCCCGGGUCACCAGCCUUCCGGCGUCCGUUGCAGGUAUUCCACCGGUACCCGCUCUUCCGCAGAUGCAGGUCGGAUACCCACUGUCUCUACAUACUUCUUCGCCAUAUGUUACCCCGGCGUUCAGCGCAGCCACGCCGAGUUCCCUUUUUAUGGACGACUAUGUCCCGCGGAGCCCGUCAUUGGGCCCGAAGACUGCCAGCCCAGCACGCACGCCGCUGCCGGAGGAAGUUGCCGGGCCGAUUCCGGGCGAUGAACUCGAACCCCCCGCUCUGCCUGCGAUUACAACACCUAUUCUCUCACAUAAGAAAGGAAGGAUAUCUAAAUCAACAAGGUUCACCGAGUUGGAGACCAUAUCGUCGAAUAUUUCGGCGCCGACACUUGAUACGCGUGCUCCAUCCCCGGCUCCGGAGACUAUCCGCAAGACCGUCACACACGUCGCUGUACUUCCCACAGAAUUCGACGAAUCCAUCCUGCCAGAGCCCCGAAACCCGAUUCCCCCGGCGACGAGGAAACCGGGGAAGCUGACCAAAAAUGCAGGCCCGAAGUUGGUCAAGAAGAACCGAUGGUCACUAAGAAGCGGCAAGUCGACAGCUGUGGCAGGCUGA